AUAACUACUAUCUGUAUCUAUGCCGUUCGUGAAUAUAAUAUUGAUCGUUAAGUAAUUUAUGCGUUGCUGUAAAAUGAAUCCAAAAAACAUGAAUAACAUGACGCAGCGUGAAAAAUUCCAAUUAUUAAAUUCAGAAGUGCGUUCGUUUUAUGAAUAUUGUAAAGAAGUAGGUAUGAGUGAUGAUGAUAUGGACGUAAUUUGUCGCCCUUUAAUGAAUGCUGUGAGGAGGGCGACAAUUAGGAGAUGGCGAAACAUUUUCUUGAUAUGCGCGGUAUUUUUGACAUUUGGAUAUGUUGUGAGCCAAACGGAUUCAUUUCAAUGGAAUGCUGCUGCCGUGGCUCGCUUGACUUUGAUAAAGCUUCUACCGUUUUGGAACUGGACCCCAUUAUACUAUAACAAAUGUAUUGUUGAAAGGCUCCCGGUGCAGAACUUUGAUAGUGAACCGGUUUCUACAAACGAUUGUAUCGCGUGUGAAGCAAUUCAAAACAUAGCUCGCAUAUCAAAAACCGACCAUAAUGAAGUCCUAAACCACCAUUUGUUACGAGGGGCUCCUGUGAUAGUUACUGAUGCCUAUUACGACUGGGCAACUGGGGAGUAUAACUUUACAGGCCUCGUCAGCAAUGAUGACCGCUUACGCGAAUCUGUCCCCUGCCGAAUCUUAACCAACAUUCGUAUUGGUAAACAGCCAAUGGAUUUGCAGGAAAUCGUAUCACGUAUCAUGGAGAGCAACAUUCCUAGCUGGUUCAUACAUUUUCAGAACUGCGAUCUUCGAGCCGUGAAAACCUUCAGAGUCCUCGCUCCUCGGCCUUAUUUUCUCUCUCCAGAAAUCCCUCCCUCGCACUUCAACUGGUUGCUGCUAUCCAAAAACUACGACACACAGCGUUUUAAGUAUUUAGAGUUAGAUAUCGGUCUAAUAAUCAUGUCGCAGCUGAAAGGAAAGAAUUACAUUCAGUUGAAACCGCGUAUGCCCUGUGAGGACAUUUGUAGUCCUAUUAAAAUAGAAUUACAGCAGAGUGAAACGUUGGUUUUAAGUAAUUCACUCUGGGAGUUUGAAUACAUGCCGGGAAAAGGUGAGAAUCUCGCUAUGAUCACGGAAACCGAUUGGGUAGAAUCGUAAUUUUUUAUCUUAUAAACGUUACUACACAAUGUACCUAAUUAAUAUACGAAAUAUACCUUUUAAGAUGCUAUAAGCCACCUUAUGAUUUCCUGUUCCAAGUUAAAGAAAUUUUUGCAAAAUGUGUUGAUUCAUAAAUUGUGCCAAAUACAUAAAUAUACAUACAACACACAUUUGUAAGAUCAAAAUAGAUUUAAGUUUGUUUGUUUUAUUUAUGAAAGUAAAUUUCUUUGAUAUUUUAUACUAACUAGGGUUUUGUUGGUUGUACUUUAAUUUUUAGUUUGUCACUUGUUUUGGAAAUCAAAUCAGCUGACAUUUAUUUUACUGUCACAUUCAUAUAAAAUCAUUUAUAAUUUCUCAUAAUUGCACUAACGAAAGUUGUAGCCUAAACCUAUGUAUUUAUAAGAUACCCUAUACUAGAUGUUUAUUAUUAUAAACGAAUAGAGGCACUAUUAUUAAAUAAUAUAUACCCAAAAUACCUUUUAGAAUUUAAGAAUUACUAUAAACACAUGUAGCCCUUAGAUGAUUUAUGUAGCAAAGGUAAUAUUUAGACAUAUCAGCCGGUUCAUUCAUAAAAUAUUUGUAACUUACCUAAAUGUUUUCAGUUUUGCCGAGGUAAAUGGUAAAAACAAAAUCAUAGUAUUGUUAAGCUUGUAUUGUUUAAUAAUGUUUAAGUAUUAAAAAGUCAACAUGAGUUGGUUUUGAAUAACGUAUUCAUAAAUUUGAGUACAAAAUGUACAUUUCAUGUGGUGGUCAGAUAAUCAUCUCUAGUGAAGUUUCAUAUUAUUUUUUUGAAGUCACUUUGUAAGUUAUUUUUAAUGAAAACAUGCUUUUUGUGAUUUGUUAUUAUAGUUUUUAAAUACCUCUAAAUGUAUGUUGUCUGUGGAUUUUAGGUAACCUUAUACUGGUCAUGAAUAAAAUAUACAAUAUUUGUUAUUGUAAAAUAUUUUUAUUAUAUGUUCUAUAGAGAGAUAUAGGUUGUUUGGGGUAUUUCCAACGUGAUUCAAACUGGUAAUAUUUUAAACAUAGAAAUAUAUUUAUAUGUUUAAGGAGAAUAAAUAAAUGUUUUGUGUGAGUAACGCAUAUUAUAUGAACAAUGCA